CCUGCGAACAGGCUUUCUCAUGAACUGACAGGCAUGAAGUGGGGCUACUCUAAUUAGCCAACUGGAGGAAAACAUACCAUCACAUUUUGUAAUUUCCAGAGGACAAGGGUGGAGGAAAACAAAUAAGCAUAGUUUCGGUCGGAGAAUGGAGAUUGAGAACAGGACAAAUGGCUUUGAGUACCCUGAUCGGAACAAAUCAAUUAAUGCCUUCUAUGCAGACCAGGUUCUCCAUCCUGAACCAAGCAAUGGGAUGGAUGACCAGGCUGACCCCCGCUCGUGCCUCAUCUGCGGAGACCGCGCCACCGGCCUUCACUACGGCAUCAUCUCCUGCGAGGGCUGCAAGGGCUUCUUCAAGCGCAGCAUCUGCAACAAGCGCGUGUACCGCUGCAGUCGCGAGAAGAACUGCGAGAUGUCGCGCAAGCAGCGGAACCGCUGCCAGUACUGCCGCCUGCUCAAGUGCCUGCAGAUGGGCAUGAACCGCAAAGCAAUCAGGGAGGAUGGAAUGCCUGGUGGAAGGAAUAAGAGCAUUGGACCGGUUGAGAUUUCGAAUGAAGAAAUUGAGCGUAUUAUGACAGGCCAGGAGUUCAAGGAGGACACUGGUCUGCUGGAGCACACCUGGGCGAACAAUGGUGACAGUGACCACAGUUCCCCCGACAACGGUGUUUCUGAGGGCAACCAUCCCUCGCCUGUGUCCACCCUGUUGUCCAGCCGAUCCCUGGAGAUGAAUGGCUACACUGCUACCUACCGGGACCAGUACGUGGGCACGCCCUUGUCCUCAAACUACCAGUUUCUGCCACACCUUUUUGGCUAUGCACAGUCAGGCCUCAUGCCAACCCCGGCCCGCAGCCUGUACCCUGAAUCGCAGACCCUCGUCUCCCAACUGGUGGCAGCCGAGGACCUUUCUCCCCUGGGGACCCCAAUGCUAAUUGAAGAUGGAUACAGGGUGACCCAGGUGGAGCUGUUUGCCCUGCUCUGCCGGCUGGCGGACGAGUUGCUGUUCCGGCAAAUAUCCUGGAUCAAGCGGCUCCCUUUCUUCUGCGAGCUGUCCAUUGAGGACUACACCCGGCUGCUCAGCGCCACCUGGCAGGAGCUCAUCCUGCUCUCCAGUGUCACCAUCUACAGUGGCCAGAUCUUCGGCGACCUGGCCGAAGUCACCGCAAAGUACUCUCCGUCUGAUGAUGAGUUGCAAGGGUUUAGUGAAGAUGGAAUUGACGUGAUGGAGAGAUUGAUUUACCUGUUUCGCAAAUUUCAUCAGCUGAAGGUUAGCAACGAGGAGUAUGCCUGUAUGAAAGCCAUCAACUUCCUCAAUCAAGAUAUACAAGGCCUCACCAACGUUACCCAGCUUGAUCAGCUGAACAAGCGCUACUGGUAUGUCUGCCAGGAUCUGACCGAGUUCAAGUACCCCCACCAGCCGAAACGCUUCCCAGAGAUCAUGAUGUGUCUCCCCGAGAUCCGCCACAUAGCGGGGAAACUGGUGAAUGUUCCCUUGGAACAACUUCCCCUGCUGUUUAAGGCCGUCCUGCACUCCUGCAAGUCCAGCAUCAACGCCCUCCGAGCAGGCACCGCCCUCUGCCUGACAACAGGCCCUGUCCCCGGCAACUGAGCCACACCUCUUUCCAAAACCCACCUCCCACCUGAUAGAGGGGAGUGGCUUCCUUCUUUUAUGAAUGUAACAGCUAUUUUUAACAGAAUUGUUUUCUUAUAUGUAUUUAUUACACGACAGAGCUGAAUGUAUUCUCAUCUACGCUGGGCGCACGCCUCUGCUAAAGGAAAUGCACAUCUAUUGCAUUGUUCACAAGUGUAAGUGCAGUCUAGAAAUGUGUGAAGUGUUAACACGGUUAGAGUUUUCUCUUUUUCCCCAAACAGAUUUCCAAUAUUUGUUUUUUUUUUCUUUGGUGUUCCACUUGAAAAACCUCAGGAAGUAUAUGUUGUGAUGGACCCAUGCCUUUUUCAAUGAAAAUGUAAUCCCAAAAAUCCAGUCCUUGUUGUGUUUGUACUAUUCUCAUCUACGUGAGAUAUACUUCCCUGUUGAAAGAAGAAGAAAAAAAAUCUAUGUCGCUUUAAUGACUGUCUCCAAAGACAACUCAAUAACCAGGGGAAUUGAGUUUUAAUAUAUACUGCAUGCUGCACAUUUUGCUUUUUAAGGUUGUUGUUGGAGAUGUGCUACUACAUGUUCUCCUGGUUCUGUAGGGAGGGGUUGAGAUUACGUACUGGGAUAUCUUCUGAAACACUUCGGCCGAUAGUUUCUCCACUGGUGGCUUGUCUCCAACCACUAUGUCAGCAUCAAGUGGGGUCGAAUAAAAAAAAUCUUCUUCAAUCACGUUUGUACUCGUGCCUUUUGGCGAGUAGUAAUGAAAUAUAGCCAAAAAUUAUACGGGUAUUCUUGAGGCUGAUUAUAUGCAAGUAUGUGGAAGUGAAGGUUAUUUGUAAAUGUUUUCCACUGAAGUUGAAAGAUUUUCACGCGGAGGAUGGCAUUUGUUGGCCUUUCUUGAUAAAUCAAUCGCUUGACUAAAGGAACACUCUGGAAUUGGUGAUGAUAGGCUGGUAAAAUGCUGCCGUCCCAUUCGACCUUCUCCUGAGAUGUGCCAGUUACAGCAGACGCCGGGGAGGUGACAAGUGCAAUAUGCACACUGUUGAAAGCCCAGGGUGUGUUUGUUUUUUUAGUAAAUAGAUGCUAAAUCCUGCCUAAUAAUGGCAAGUUUAACCAGAGUUCAAGAGUUCAAGUGUGCUCUUACCUUUUUAAGAGGCACGUUUAAAGCAAAAUCCCACCUGUGACUUGUAGGCUCACAGUGAUUGUUGCGCCUCCACGUGUGUUAACAAAGCAGCCCGCGGCCGCCAUUUUAGUGUUUUUCUGUUACGUUUUUUUUCACCUGAGUUCGCAAGAGCCUAGGUUUUAAACAGGGUAAGGUGGAGUUUAAUAUACUGCUUUCGGAAUAUACUCAGGAUCACUUUGUUUAUGUGCAUAGUGUUAGUACUGUAGUUGUAGGUUUGGUGGGAUAACGUCCCCUUGAGUAGAUGUCUUCUGGGAAGUUUAUUUUUCUAUAGGGGAGUUGUUGUAAUUGUGUGUUUGUGUUGGGAUUAUAUUGAAUAAAAAUACUUUUGGGGACUAAUAAGAUUCCAUUUCUGAUCAUAGAAUUAGAAAAUAUUACAGUUGAAUGGGCACAGACCCUCUGAUGGGAUGAACGGGAUAAUGACAUUUCUGGUCAAUUAUUUGGAGCUUGGCGAUUUGGGUGCUCCGCUGGUGUAAGCCUCUGUGACGGGUGAGAAUUUUUGCAGCUCUCAUAUCUGCCGCAGAGGAGCUGCGGAAAGAGGACAUUGUGUGUAGAGAGAUGUCAUGUACAGUGUUGACCAGACCUGAUCAGUUGUGUAACAUCUAUACUGUACCGGGAAAAGGUGUAGAUCUACAAUGGAAGGGAGAAGUGGCAGUCAAGUUCCUAAAAGGCAACCCUCUUAAAACAUUCCGAAUAAAACUGAAUAUAUGUUAUCUCUUGAAUGUUUACAUAUUUGCACCAGACAAUGAUUAAUGUGAAAUUACUGUGCCCGAUGGUUUUCUAUAGAUCCCCAGUCAGAGCUUUUAGUGGCAUUUUGUCCAGGCCUAGAAGUGCCUCUUAUAUUGGAUAUGUUGUUGAACUCUUGAAUAGGAAAAUGGAUGCCUAUUUGUAAAUGUAUUAGCUUGAUCUCUACGAUGUCCCAUUUUGGUCUGUUUUUAUUCAAUGUUUUUUUUUUUGGUCAUUUUAAAUGUUGUUUUUUGAGAAUGUUUUGCAUAUCAUUUUACUUCAAUUGUUUUAAGUGAAGGGGAGUAGGAUUUUGUUUUUAGAUGAGGUAGCCAUCUUGAAGGUGCAUGGUUUGUGAUGCAUGUGUUGACCUGUGUGGGCGGGCCUUUCUGUCAGUCAGUGGUGUCUGGUUUUCAAUUGGCACCUGGCAACUCAGGGAAUAAAACUGACAGAAAAGAUCCACCUAUUUGCAUAUCAUGUAAUGUUUUGUAUUUCAGAAUCUGUUUUUUUUUGGUACUGAUUGACCAGAAAGAGCCCACUACGUAAGGAUUUAAAUUCCCCAGAGCCCAAAUCUACCUCUUUUUAUAGUUCAUUUCAGCAAAAACUACUGAACUCAUCUGUUAAGCAAAAGCUUUGUCCAUCUGUGGUUCCAUCUCUUGGUUAACUUUUCACUUUAUUAUUUGGUCGUGUUUCUUGAUAUGGUUUUGGUUCACAAUUGAGAUUUCGGAUGUUAGUUCGUACGGCUUGGGAUUGCCAGAAACUUCACGAUACAACAUUUUCAGGUACAGACACUAUAACUGCGAUUUUCACGAUUCUGAAUGUUGAUUAAAUGUUCCAAACAUCUCUCAUUGUGUGUCCGUGGUAGAGGGAACAAAGGGCCAUGAGAAAAAUGGUUUGGAUUAGACAUGGAAAUAUAAAUUGACUACCUAUUUAAAAGCAAGUUGGAGAAAGAAUUUUGAUAAAAAGAACACCUAUGUUUGGCUGUGGAUGUAGCAAACAACCACAAAAAUCAUAGUGCAAUUUUGUCCACACUAUAUACAAUUUGUUGUGAAAGACAAUAUCACAAUAUGUUUCAAUAUUUCCUCCCGAUCACUGAGUUAGUAGACCAAGGUGUUUUUAUGGAUGUGGUAAAAGUCCAUAACCACUAAGUUUAAAAAGAAGUUAAGAAUAGGGCCAUAUCAUUUACACAGUUACAUUUAUGUAAAAAUAAAUCUUUGCUGCGCUGUAUUACAAUCAACACUGUCUUAUUUGUGGAAACACUUUUUGGGUCUUAUGCAUAAGUCUUUAUAAACUGUAUAAACACCGUGCCAGCACAACUCACUCCCCAUUUGUGACCGCCAAUGUUAAAAAAUUGUAUUGUAUUUAGCAAAUGAAUGUUCUCACCCUUGAUCAAAUGUAUCAAUCAAAACAAAAGGUUUUGAAUUCCAGUGAAUGUCUGUAUUAGGUGUCAUGUUUUGUUGGGUCAGGCACAAUGCUUUAUAUUUGUUUAUAUUGGUGUUCUAGGUGUUAUAAAGUUGCAAAUGAAGAAAUGUACAAGAUAUGUGAUGUUCUACUGUUACUGGUUGUUUGUUAAAGCUAGAAUUGUUAAUUGAAAAAAUAAAGUGCUUGGUUUUUGGGAAAAAUCUGAGGGAUGGGCCAUAAGAAAUAUAACCACUCAAAGUCAUAGACUGUCGAAAGUUAGUCCUUGCCGAUAUAAGAUCAAAGUAUAGUUUAACCAUGUUUUGAGGCUUUAGCUUUUAAUUGUUUACAUAUAAUUAUUUUGCAAACAUUGGAGUGAAACAAGCUCAUUGUGAUUUUGAGUUCUCGGGCACAACACUAUAAUAAUACUCCAUGCUCCACAGUUAUUUUCUUUAAGAAUCAAUGGGUAUAUACUAAAUAAUGAAUCCAUAACAAACAGAACGUCUAAGGAUUUUAUCUUCAGCCUUCAUUGCAUUGUGGCUUUUCUUAUUUUUUUUUGGUUUACAUGUACCUGACUAACUUGGACCACCGGUGGCUGUAUUUGAAGCAUGCGUAGAUUGUCAAGACUUGAAAUGUAAUA